UUUAGAAUAUCUUUUAUAACAGCUUGAUAUAGGGAUGACAACUUUGUUGCCGCCUCUGCCUUUCCGAUACCACAUUCUUCCGCUGGAAUAAAGGUGGGAAUACAUAAGGCCAGCGAAUCUUCUGAUCUUUGAGGACACAGGGCCCAUAUAGGCUUUGAAAGUGAAUAAAAGUGUACCGGCAGGACUGCUGUUAACAACACACCCAUUAUUAAUCAUGGCGUCAUCUUCAAUUAUCCGGACGUCCAGUGACUCUCUUCUGGAUUUGGACACCGGUACCAGAGCCCAUGACUUCAGACUUGUUCUGGGAGCAACUGUGGCAGAGUUCAGGGAGUUAGUUAAGAAACGGGACCCUUCUUCUCCCCUUCAACCGGUUCAGCUGUCUGGCCGGAACUUUGUCAUGGGACUCAUUGAUCAAAAAGGUGCCAAGCUAUCUUUCCCAGACAACUCUGUAUCGAUCGACGUCCCACCUGGAGCCCUUGCACACCCUCAAGUGGUAUACUGCUGGAGAAUCGAUGAAGAAGGAGCAGGGCACUCACCAUCAGAGAGUGGCGUGGUGUUUUACUCAACCAUACUUAAACUAGGAGCAACGGAAAAAGACUUCAAGCCAAAGGUUCAACUGAAAUUUCAACACUCAGCACAGUUUGAAGGCGAAGAUCAAAAGAAGCGACUUGUGGCGUUCACACAGGAGGAGGAAGCUAAACUAUUUCACAAGGAACCUAGCUUUGAAGUUGAUGUUGAUGAGAGGUUUGUGACCCUUCGGGUAGAUCAUUUCUGCAACAUUGGCGUUGGAGCAGAUCGGGAGGACCCAGCACCGCUACCACCUCUUAGGCUUCUUGCCAUGACCUUUCUUGUGUACGUAGAAAUCACGAAAAAGCAGAGUGUAUUCCUGAAUGUACUGAUAGGGCAGAAUGAUGAGUCACACAUGAAGUACCUACGCAAUACGGUCGCAAGACAAUGGAAGGUCGGGAAAAGCCAAAUUAUUCGGAUCGAUCCGGAAUUCAAGCAGUUUAUCUGUGUAGCUAAUUCCGGCCUUCAUUUCUCUUUUCGGCCAGGACACUUCCAAGUAGCGGAACAAGAUAAGGAGAUUCCUAAUAAUGAAGUUGGCAGUCCAUUCCUGGUUGAAAACACCCUUCAUAGGUCCUCUUCUGACGGUUUCGACCCGGAUGCAGCCUUAUGCAGUGUCAAUGUUGACGAUACGUCUAAUGGUGGAACCCAUAGACUCGAUCUGAGUAUCAAAUGGGAGGGUCACGAAGAUAUGCGUUCUGUACAGCCCGAGGAGAAACUGUUCGAAUCCCGAGGGGAGCAUGCGGGGAGUGUAGAACGACCCGUAUGUCAAUCGCCUGUGGAGGUAUCGGAUGUCACUGUGGAGGAUUUCGCUAGAAGAAACCAUCUCCGUGUGACGAACCUGCAACCAUCUGCUCAGCCUCACGAUUCAUAAGGGAUGUCCAACAAUGGCUCAUAUCAGUCAAAUGCUGAGCAGACACACGCCAUGUUGGCGACACACUUCGCACCAGUGCGUGUGCAUGCACAAUGCGAGACCGCGAGUGCCCACGCACAUGAUGAACACUCAUUCAUUUGGUGGACUUACUCAAAAACAUCAGGACGGGAAAAGUUUCUGAUUUACCCUUACAUGAAGCAAGUGAGAAGACAGGGCGAUUAUUUCUGCAUUUGGUAUAUUCUUCAGCCACAGUCAGUGGCCGUGACUCUCAGAGAUAGGGGUUCUUAAAUAUUCAGGAUUCCCAUUGGCAUUCCUUAACGAUGGCAUCCAUCUUGAACUCACCAGCCUCGUUUUCGUAAGUCAGGUGCCUGAGAUAAAAAAUAAAUGUCGUCGUGAUUAAAAUAAACAAAACCAUAUCCUUUCCCAGCCACCGUAUAAUUCUUCUGCAUUAUCUAGAAACAUUUUUAUGUACAUGUACUUUUAUUAGUUAGCUCUUCCGAUGUAGGCCUGUAAUAUAUUAAAUGUACACUGCUUCUCUGUCUUAAUUUGAGAACAGGAGUGAUGUUUCUCGGUGGUGUGUAUACAUGUUGAUUUUCACUUUUAAUAAAAUGUAUUCGCUUUUCUGCAUGUUAUCUGAGAUUUAAGCUAGUUUUUGGAAAGAGGGACAACAAAUUCAGUGCUGGCAAUGGACUCUAUAGGUGUCAAGCACGCCUCUGAUUCA